AUGCCUGCAACCCUCCCGAAGCGGAACCACUUAGGAGGCACAAGUGUGCCCAGAAUCGACGAAGAAGGAGAUGACAAGGAAGAGGAUGAGGCGGAGCCUUCAUGGACUGAGCGUUUGCAAGAAUCUAAGGUUUUAUUAAAGUAUACCGCACCUGUUUUUGCAACACAUUUGUUGGAGUAUUCACUCGUAAUUGCCUCUGUGAUCUCUAUCGGUCAUUUAUCCACGGAAGGGCUGGCAGCCUCUACUUUGGGUUCUAUGACUGCGCGUGGACCAGUGAUAACCCACGGAACGUGGGCUAGGACUCAGCGUAUGGUAGUUGUCAUGAGUUUUACCAUUAUUCCGAUCUUGUGCGUUUGGCACAGCGCCGAGUCAAUUCUUCUUGUCCUUCGUCAAGAGCCCGAAAUCGCUCGUUUGGCAGGGAUCUAUCUGAAGUGGCUGAGUAUAGGUCUUCCUGCUUAUUUUCAAUGUUGUCAUUCGGCGCAGGGUCUCAUGCAUGUGCCGUCUUUGAUUAUAGGCAUCAUUGCGCCUAUUAAUGCGUUGCUCAACUGGAUACUCGUGUGGGGACCGCAGCCUAUCCGACUCGGGUUCGUCGGCGCACCCCUUGCAACUGCAAUCUCUUUCAACCUUAUCGCCGUAUGCUCCGUUGCGUACGGACUUUUGUACACUCCAGGGACGGCCUGGCAUCCAAUUGGUCGGAGGUCGUUCCGUUCGCUCGGAACCUUGGUUCAAUUAGGGCUGGCCGGCACUGGGCAGAUUGCCAGUGAGUGGUGGUCAUGGGAGCUUGUUGGGCUUGCUGCUUCUCAGCUAGGGCCGGUUGCCCUUGCAGCUCAGAGUGUUCUUCUCGUAUCCUCUUCAACAUCGUACCAGCGCCCUUUGCGCUGGGCGUCGCCACGACCGUGCGAAUCGGUAAUCUGUUGGGAUCAGGCCACGGAAAAAAAGCAAGGAUUGCGGCUGAAGUUCUUCCUCGUGUUUCGAAAGCGAUGGGGCUAUCUCUUCAACAACGAUGAGACCGUGAUCCGACUUGUUGGUGAUAUCAUGCCCUUGGUUGCGUUAUUCCAGAUUGUGGAUGGCAUGAAUGCAGUUACAGGUGGUGCUCUUCGUGCUCGUGGAAAGCAGUCGCUCGGUGCCUUGGUCAAUGUUACGGCGUAUUAUGUCGUCGGUAUUCCUCUAGGUAUAUAUCUUGCAUUUUGGUGGAAUAUGGAACUCCGAGGUUUGUGGAUCGGGCUCGCCACCGCUUUUCUAUUCGGCCGUUGUUUCGGCACUCGAGGAGGACGGCAAACUCCCGCACGAGAUCCCUAUUCACCUUCAUUCUACUCCUAUGAUCCGUACGAGCUGCAACGGAUACGUCAAGCAGAAGAGCACCGCCGUCGAAUAGAAGAGCUCAACCGGCGCCGGGCCGAGCAACUAGAAUAUGCCCGACGCCAAGCCGAAUACGAGCGUCGUCGAGAGGCCGAGGCACGGUACCGCCGCCAGCAAGAGAUCGAGGCACGCAGGCGAAAGUUCAGCGAGCCCGCACAGGCCCGACCUCCGCGUGUGAGAUUGACCCAGCCCCUGGAACGAGAAGGCGGAAGGCCUCAAAGCAUGUUUGGGGGUGAUGUUCAAGAUCUAUUCGAUGCUUUGUAUGGAGACCGUACCCAUCGCAAUCCAUCAUCUUCGUACGGGAGACGCGCAAAAUCAUCAGAUUCUCGAGCGAGACAGAAACGAGUGGAUCCCAUUUGGACGCCGGAGGCAGAGAUGCAAGAGCCUGAAGGUAGUGCAGUGUCGGAUACAGGUGAUACUGGUAGCACUGUAGUACCCGUGUCGAUCCCAGAUCCGAGCGCUCAUGCCACUUCUGAAUCCACGAUCGACGUCAAAACUGAAGAGCCCAGUGCCGAGACAAACCAAUCUCAAUCCGCCAUUUCCGAUAUCCUUAAAUCCUUCUCUGAUCUCAAGUCCUCAUUUACAUUCCCCGAAAAACUUGACUUUCUCAACUCGCCUGACGAUGCCGAUGCAGUGACACCUAAACUUGCAUAUACUCGCAACAACGCUCCACUCCAUCAACAGGAGCAUCUCCUUAUGGGCCUUUUAACCAAAUUGGACGCGGUCGAAUCGUAUGGCCAAGAAACUAUUCGCAAGGCACGGAAGGACGCUGUUCUCCUGAUCGAACGGGAGUUGGAGGAACUGGAUGUCAAGAAACUUCAAAAAUGGCGCGAGCAGUUCAAGGACGUAAGCACUGCGACUUUACGCGAUGUUGAUACGGAAAUGGCUGGUACAGCGCCGGAAUUGACUUUGGAGACCCAACCCGAGGUCGAUCCUGCUUCCAUUCCGCUGCCCCGCGACGAAGACUGUGAACCACAUUCCCCAACGAAUGUGACAUCCGUUGCUUCCUCCGACUCUGUUGUUACCCCAAUUGCUCAGGACUCGGAUCAACCAUCGGUCCUUGGUAGUGCUGAAUCAGGAAAGAGGGAGGUCGCUCAGGAAGACCCUCCGGUUUCAGUUGCCGAACAGGCUGAUUCUCGCACAGGCAUGGUGGAAUAA